AUGGCUGGUAGUAACAACACCCAAAACCAUGGUUUAAAUGGCCUAAAACAACCACAAGUGGUGGUUGUUAUGGUGCCUUUUCCAUUGCAAGGCCAUCUCAACCAGCUUUUACACCUCUCCCGCCUCAUCUCCUCCUACAACAUCCCCGUCCACUACGUCAGCACCGCCACCCAUAACCGCCAAGCCAAGCUUCGUGUCCAUGGCUGGAAUCCUCUUUCCAAAGCCAAUAUUCAUUUCCAUGAAUUCCCAACAGCAAAUUUUCCCAACCCCGCUCCUAAUCCUAAUACCUCCCUUAAAUUCCCCGCUCAUCUUCAACCCUCUUUCGAUGCCUCGGCUGACCUUCGAGGGCCUAUUUCCGCUCUAUUCCGUGCACUUUCGGCCAGAGCUAAAAGGGUCGUCAUUAUCAAUGAUUCUCUCAUGGGAUCAGUGGUUCAAGAUUUUGUUACUUUAUCAAAUGCUGAGUCCUACACCUUCCACAGCGUUUCUGCUUUUUCUAUAUUCUUUUUCAUGUGGGAAAGGAUGGAAAACCCUUUUCCUGUUGAUAAAGAAAUCUUAAAAAUCCUUCCUCCCAUGGAUGGCUGUUUUACUCCUGAAUUCAGUAAUUUUGUGAAAGCACAGCACAACUUUGUGCAACUCAAUUCUGGCCGCAUUUACAACUCAUGCAAAGUCAUAGAAGGUACAUAUCUUGACUUACUUUCAAAGGAAGAGAUAAGCCAAAAUAAGAAGCAGUGGGCUCUUGGACCAUUCAAUCCAGUGAAUAUUAUGCCCCAAAAAAGUGGGCCAAAGGAAGAAAAUAAUGAACGUCAUAAAUGUCUCCAGUGGCUUGACAGGCAAAGUAAUAACUCGGUAAUAUUUGUGUCCUUUGGUACCACAACUUCGAUUUCUGACGAACAAAUCAGAGAACUUGCCUUUGGCUUGGAAAGAAGUGCCCAAAAGUUCUUGUGGGUGCUGAGGGAUGCUGACUCAGGAGAUGUAUUUGUUCAAGAAACUAGAAAACUGGAGCUGCCAAAAGGGUUCGAACGAAGGGUUGAAGGCAGGGGCUUGGUGGUGAGAAACUGGGCACCCCAGUUGGAGAUUUUGGGGCAUUCAGCAACUGGGGGUUUUAUGAGCCAUUGUGGAUGGAAUUCUUGCAUGGAAAGCAUAACCAUGGGAGUGCCCAUGGCAACAUGGCCUAUGCAUUCGGACCAACCAAGAAAUGCGGUGCUGAUAACUAGGAUACUGAAAGUUGGUCUGGAGGUGAAAGACUGGGCUCACAAAGAUGAGCUUGUGACAUCCUCAAAAGUCGAGAAAGCCGUUAGAAUGUUGAUGGCGGAGGAGGAAGGACAACAGAUGAGGAAGAGGUCAGCGGAGAUGGGGGCAGCUGUCCGGACAUCUUUGGCUGAAGGUGGCGUAACUCGGAUGGAGUUGGAUUCUUUCAUUGCUCAUAUUACAAGAUAGACUUGAAAAUUUAAGGCAUUGUAUACUGCUAGAUUAGUGCUUGUUUUAUUGGUUUGUAAUUGUAAUUUGAAUUCAUCAAUUUAGAAGCCAAAUUUAGUGUACAGUUGAAGGUAUUUGUCAUAGUUAAUGUGUAAUUGAAAGUGGAAACACUUCCUUUUAGGCAUCC